AUGGAUGAAGAGGAGCUUUCUAUCGUAGAAGGGUGCUUGGACCUGGAGGAGGAGCUGGGGAUUCUCCAGCAAAGGGCGUUUUCUAGCUCUGAAGGUGACUCGUCAAGCCGAGUAAUGGGACUGGCUUCAAUGCUGUCAGAGGCUGCGGCAGCGAAGGAAUCAGUGCAAGAACUCCCCUACGAUGACAGGCAGCUGCGCUUCGGGGAGGUGUUGCGGGAGGGACAGAGUGGUUUUGAAUCUGAUAAGGGUGGUCUGGGACGCAUGGGUAUUCCUGCAUUACAGGCUUAUGUUGAACGCCGUGAACCCAGUGGUGUGGACGCUGGUCUGCACCCCGACUCCUGGUUGGAGUCGAUUCCAAGCAUCAGCAAUACGCCUGAAGGAGAGGGAAGGAUUGAGUCUCCGUGGGUUCCUUUUCACGAGUCAGAGACUGGAGAAGCGUCAGAGACUGGAGAAGCGUCAGAGACUGGAGAAGCGUCAGAGACUGGAGAAGCGUCAUCACCACCUGAUACGCAGCGAUGGCGUCAUGGCGAUCUUCGAGAACACCCGUAUUUUCGGGUGCCAGUGCUGGAGGAAGGUGUUGUUCCAAGGUAUCUUAAUCCAUCCGUUCUCUUUGAUGAAACACGCAAGAGGUUGUCGCCCCAUAUCUACCUCCUCACGUUGCGGAGCUUAUUUUCACGGAAGUCACUCAACCAGCAUGAUGUAGAUAUUCUCGUAAAUGCCGUUGAACGGCUGGUGACCACAUCGUGGCUUCGAAGUCGUAAGGAACCGAAAAGAGAAAGUCCCCAGUAUAUCGUUGAACACGUGGGUCACUACUUUCUUACAUUUGAUGCCAUCGUGUCGGCUAUCCAACUUUUGGGGGAACGUAUGCAACUUCACCUGUGGUGGGAGAAAUACGCGAGAAGCUUCAAUACGGACUACUACGUGUCCCCUGCAUUCUCCAAAACUUUGUUUGGAGUAGUGGACUUCAACAGGAGUUUGGCGAGGAGACUUAUCGCUGCCGUGGAUAUGUACAAACGGGGGCAGCGCCCUCCAGCCAGGGAAGUAAUUGCGCUGAAGACCUUGCUAUUCUGCUCUCCAACUGGGCGCCAUCGAUUUAAAGCUCCUGAAUGGGACCCCUGGCGGCAAGAUGGAGAGUCUUCCUAA